AUGGUUGCGCCAAAGGACCCUGGCUCCAAAGAGUACCAGAAGAUCAUGCAGUGGCUCACGUCUGUGCACCGAGGGUCUGGUCACAGCUCCAAGGCGUCCAAGCUGAAUGCGCUGAAAAGGAAGGGAGUGAGCUCAAUGGUGCUGAGGGUGGCCAAGGACUUCCACUGCGAGGCGUGCGAGGAGGCGAACAACCAUCGCCCGACGCACCCGCCUGUCAGUCUCGAGGCAAUACCCCCGAAGUGGAAGCAGAUCCAGGCGGACCAGUUCGAGGGGGAACACCCCCGGACGAAGCUCAAGGCCAAGUUCUCGCUGAUCAUUGACGAGAACUGCAAGGUCCGGGUCACCAAGCUGUUAUACCACAUGGUGGGCCAGGACCGCCGCAGGAAUCCCGUCUGGGCAGACCUCAAGAACUUCUAUGAGGAAAGGUGGCUACCAUACUUCGGGAAGCCACAGCGCGUGAAGGUGGACCCCGAGGGCUCCUGGAUGUCCAAGCAGGCCGCUCAGUAUUUUGACUCAGACUCCAUCGGGUACGAGCCGAUCCCCGGCCAGGCUCACUGGCACAUUUCUCUCGCGGAAGAGGCGAUCCAGGCAACAAAAGGGACGAUGGAUAAGCUCGUGACGGAGAACCCUGACAUGUCCACCGAAGAGGCCCUGUUCCGUGCCACCGCAGCCGGGAACUCACGGGAAGACGUACGAGGCCACUCCCCCCUGCAGCACGCGCUGGGAAGGGCCCCUGACCUGGACGGCCAUUUCUUCGAGAGCGACUUCGACGAGCUACCCUACGUCGAGGCGCAAAGGGUCGACAAGGAGUACGGCGAGAACUACACGAGGAUGUACGCGGCCGAGCAGGAGUACCUGAGGCAGGUGUACCUACGUCGCCUGAGUCGAGCAGAGAAGGCCCAGAACCAAGCGCUCAAAGCUGUGGCACCUGGCAUGUGGGUGCACUAUUUCCGCAAGGAGAAAGGCGAGGUCAAAGGCCGGUUCAAAGGGCUCGCGCGGGUACUCGCGGCAGAGACGAGCCGGCCCGUGGUAGACCUGUGCCAGAUCCGAGCUGCAUCCGCGCGGGAGAUCGCCUACGCUGAGCUCAUGGCGGGCAAGGACACGCCCUGGACCGGGAACACGUUCAUGAACCAGGCGAUGAGGCAGGAGUACCUGGACUUUUCGGGACACGACCCCACAGAGCAGGACGAGGAGCUCGCAUCCUGGGAGGGGGUGCCGGAGCCAGCACCUCCAGCGAAGAAGCCCCGCCACGAGGAGCCGCCAAGUGAGACCAAGUCCGAGCGCAACCAGAUCCCUGUGCGCAGGGCGAUUCGGAAGCAGGCACCUCCGCCAGGAGGAGUGGCCAGCAUCGUGAAGGCCACCCGGGCUGCGCAGGCAGAGGAUGUCAUGAUGGAAAGGGCUGCUCUCAUGGCCAAGGCAUCCCCGGAUGCACGAUCCUUCUGGGCACGGCAGGGUACAUCCCUGGAGAUCUCGGUCGAGCUGCCCCUGACAGGAAAGCCCCUGAAGCAGGCCACGAGGCACAUGAGCACCUACAUGGCAGGCCAACUGAAAAGAGGGAAGCGAGAGAUCUCAGAGCGGACCCUCACCCUGGAGGAGAUGAAGAAGUUCAGUGUCGCCAAGGCCACCGAGGUGAACAACUACGUGACAUCCUCCGUGCUGGAAUCCUUGCCGCCUGGGGUCACACCCCCACCAGAGGAUGUAAUGCGCAUGCGGUGGAUCCUGGAGUGGAAGAUGGAUGAGACUACGAGUGAGAAGAAGCCCAAGGCCCGGAUCGUGGUCUUGGGUUACAUGGAUCCUGAGUACGAGCACCGGCCGACGACCGCCCCAACCAUGACCAGGACCUCCCGGCACCUGGUGCUGCAGGCAAUGGCGUGGCUCGGGUUCAAGGGUUACAAGGCCGACGUGACUGGAGCGUUUACCCAGAACCGGGAGAUCAAGCAUGACCUGUUCGUGAUGCCCGUGAAGGAGCUGGCCGUGGCCCUGGGGAUGCCAAAAGGGGUUGCGAUGCGACUGCGAAAGGCAGUCUACGGGCUCGUGGAGGCAGCCAUCGAGUGGUUCAUGACGGUGAGCGAGGCCCUGGAGGAGUUCGGCUGGACGCAAAUGAAGAUGGACCCCUGCGUCUUGGUACUCUACGGCCAAUCCCACGGCCAGGACACCAGCUUCACGAAGGAGGCCUUGGGCCAAUUCACCAGGUCCGAGGUGAUGGGCGAGCUGAUCGCGGCGAAGGGUGAUCUGGACAUUGUGGCUAUCGCAGGGUCCCACGUGGAUGACUUCCUGCUCGGAGGGAAGGAGACGGACCCCAGGUGGAUUGAAGCCCGGAAGAAGAUCGAAGAGCGAUUCAAGUGGAAGACAUGGCAGACCGACGAGUUCAUGCAGACUGGAGUCCGGAUCCGGCAGCUGCCAGAUAUGAGCUUUAAGAUGGAUCAGAGUGAGUAUAUCAAGACCAUCGAGAAGGCAGUCGUGAGCCCAGAGCGGAAGAAGAACAAGGACGCCCCGACCACCGACAAGGAGAAGGGGCAGCUGAGGGCAAUCCUGGGUGCCAUCGGCUGGCGCUCCGAGCAGUCAGGCCCCAUGCACUCGGCGGACACAAGCCUGUUGCUAAGCACGAUACCGUCCUCCACCGUGCAGACCCUCCUGGACACGAACCGCCUGGUGGACAGGGUGCGGGAGGGAGCAGACCUCCCUGUGGUCAUCCACAGCCAUGCUAACGCGCAGGUGAUCGUCCCCAUCGAGUGGUCAGACUCCUCGGAGGCGAACCGCCCCGACGGGAAAUCCACCAAGGGACUUGUCACGGGGAUGGCCCCACUACGCAUCCUGCAGGGAGAUGAAUCAGACGUGAGCAUGAUAUCACGGAAGUCAGGAAAGAUCGACCGAGGGUGCCGGAGCUCAGUGUCAUGUGAGACCCGAUCAGCUGUGGACGGUGAGGACGAACUGUUCGGGGUCAAACUCCAAUGGUUGGAGAUCCUCGGCAAUCAGAUCGACUGGCGCAACCCGGAGGGGACACUCAGCCAGCUGCCCGCCGCCCUGGUGGACCCCAGCGGUCUCUUCGACAAGCUGCAGACCACGGUGUACAUAUUCCGGGGCAAGGAGAAGAGAACGGACGUGGAGGCCAUGACCCUGAAGGAGGGGUCGACGGCAUCCAACAACUGGGUACUGUGGGUACACGGAGACGCUCAAUUGGCGAACUCUUUGACGAACGGGCACGAGCCUGGCCAGCUGAGGAUGUACUACAACAGUGGCCACAAGUGGAAGUUAGUCUAUGACGCCAAGUACCAGAGCGCCAAGAAGCGGAAAGCCGCGGGGAUCCUUCCGUUCGAGAGCGUUCCCCCUGGAGUGCUGCGCCAUGAAGAUGCGGGAGACGGUGCCACGUACGCUGCAGCAUGUGCUGGGACCAGUCCUGUGGGUUUCCCGGAAUACGAUGCGAUUUCUGAUUACAGCAGCGAUGGAGAGUUUAUGGACUGA